AUGUCCGUCUAUCUCACUGGCCACGAAGGUAUCAUCUCCACCUAUUCCAGCUUUCUGGAAAGCUCGGACCACUAUAUGUUCAGCCAGGAAUUGGCACCUGCUGGAUCUCUUCUCUCAAUCAUGCAGCCAGGGGAGGGACUUCCAGAAGAGCUGGUCAAGCGCUGUGCAUUACAGAUCACCCAGGCUCUUGAAUACAUGCACAGUAAAAAACUGGUACAUAUGGACCUGAAACCAGACAAUAUACUGCUGAUGGAUAAAAGAGGUCAUCGAAUCAAACUCUGCGACUUUGGAAUAACUCUGUUUACCGGUACGGUUAUUAAAUCAAUAUUAUUGAUCAAUGCAUGCAUGCCCCCUGAACUUUGUGCACUGAAGUACAAGUCAAUUGUUGUGGAUCCUAGCAUUGACAUCUGGGCGCUUGGGGUGGUUUUGUAUGCAACACUUACUGGAAACUAUCCAUGGAAAAGAGCAGUGGUUGAAGAUUCUUUGUUUCAGGAGUUUGUUUACUGGCAAAACAACAUGGACCAUGUUCCACCACCCAAAGGCUGGAAGAACAUCAGCAGGAGGGCUCAAGAUCUAUUUGGCAUCCUUCUCUCCCAAGAACCCAGCUGCAGGAACCAAGUUGGGCUUGUUCUAAAUUCGGUGCAUUUUCCCUGGAACUUUGAAGAUGCCACCCAAUAA